AAACGAACCAAGCCGCCUCAGUCCGCGUUCAACCACCACGACGAUUACUCGCUCCCGUACUCUAGUGUUUUAUAUCAUAACCUACACUCGUUCGGACUAUAAAGACCGCAGCAGCGGCGGCAGUGAUAGUGUUCGCAGUGUGGUACGGUGACCGGCGCAACGGAGGCAGUACAAGGCAUGUUGAUGGCGGGCGCCCUGCCGGCCGAGCCCGAGGGGCUGCUGGCUCUCGGCGCGCUGCCUGGUCAAAAAGACACGACCUGGACGAAAUUAUUCGUCGGCGGACUCCCGUACCACACCACAGACAAAAGCUUGAGGGAACAUUUUGCGGUCUACGGGGAAAUAGAGGAAGCGGUCGUCAUAACAGACAGACAAACAAGCAAGAGCAGGGGAUAUGGCUUUGUGAUAAUGGGUGAUCGAGCGGCGGCAGAAAGAGCAUGCAAGGAUCCAAAUCCUAUUAUAGAUGGCAGGAAAGCAAAUGUCAACCUCGCAAUACUUGGAGCGAAACCCAGAGGAAAUUUAGCGCCCGGUUUCGGGCUGGCGGCGGCGGCUGCAGCCGGCGUCCGUGCCGGCUACCCGACUGUGUUACAAUCGCCUUAUGGGUUGUCACCUGGUUACGUGUAUGGAGCGCCGGGGUAUGUCGGUGCUGUUGGCGGGGUGGGAUCGGGUGUUGGCACAAGUGCUGGGGGGCUGGUGCAGCUGCCCCAAUUGCAACACGCUGCAGCGGUAGCAGCUGCUAAUCACCUUUACGAGUACCAAGCAGCGGCGGCGCAAGGUGCAGCUGCCUAUCAGCAGCAGUACGCGGCGGCAGGAUUUGAUCCAUACGCCACUGCGGCAGCAGCAGCGGCGGCAGCUGCCAGUGGGGCUGGGUACAUGUCUCCUUACUAUGCUUUGCCAGGAGGUGGUGUCCAGGCUCCCCUCCUCCCCCCGCUGCCGUAUCCCCCGCCCCUUCAAGAAGCGCGGAUGCAGUAAAUAUGGAAUUGAAGUAACGAGUCCUCAAUGCUGCUGUAGCAAUAGGUAUAGCACUUACAACAUGGCGAUUCCCUGUUGCGAAGACUUGACUCCACUGAGCUUUCUUGUCAAAAAAAUGCUGGUCAUUGUUAAAGCAGCUUUGAAUAAGUAAAUGUAACGUACUUAGGUGAGAAAAUAUUAUGAGAUGACGACAUAUAAAGUGCU